GAAGGCUGCGUGCUACUCCAUCCUGGUUUUGGCAAGUGUAGCGGCUGGCCAAGAAGACAAUGCAGAGUGUGCUAACUGCUAACCGUGCCUGUCUUUAAGAGUGAUCCUACAGUGGAAAAUGGGGAAUUCAGAAAGCCAAUACAGUCUUCAGGGAUCAAAAAAUCAUACUGCUGCUAUAGCUGGUGCCAAGCAGAAGCCUUGCUCUCUGAAAAUUCGCAGCAUUCAUGCUAAAGAUGAAAAAUCUUGCUCUGUGCAUGGAUGGGGACAUACCAGUGGUGGCCCAAACUACAAAUCAAGGUCCCUUGCCAGAAGCUGCCUUUCGCACUUCAAGAGUAGUCAGCCUUAUUCAUCUAGACUCGGUGACACUGUGGUGAAGGUCUCUAAAAGCAAUGCCCAUGCCAAACACAGGACAAACGUCUCAGGGGACUACUGCCAAGGAAAUAAUGCAGUGUUUUUGCCCGAGAAUGGUUUCCACUAUGCUGGCCUUCAAGCUGGAAGUAAUCAUGCUGCCUCUCGAGAAUGCAAUGGACACAUCUUAAAUUGCUACGGAAAGAAUGAGGGUCUUGCAUCAACCUCCCCAUCAGAGGACAGAAGGAGUCCGAAAGUUCUCAUUAAAACGCUGGGGAAGCUGGAUGGUUGCUUGAGGGUCGAGUUCCACAACAGCAGCAACAGCAAGGUACCAACCGAGGAGUCCACUGGACCUGUCCAGUUGCUGAGAUAUUCGCCUGCCUUGGAAUCUAAGCCAAAUAAGCUGCUCGACGUCAGGAGGAACUCCAGCGCAGACUGUUCUUCAAGCCAUCAUCUGUCACCUACUGAUUCAAGGCUUCGAUCUAGUAAAGGAAGCUCCCUCAGCUCCGAGUCUUCAUGGUAUGACUCUCUGUGGGGAAAUGCUGGGGAUAUCAAUGAGUUGGAUGGUCCAUAUUUAACCAGGAGCACUCCAGAUACAAGCAUUCAUGCCAGUUUCCCAGCAAGCGACAACAAGAAGUCCUUCAACCAAAGUUCAUCUCUUUCCUCACUUCGAGAUCUCUAUAAGGAUACAAAUUUGGAAAGCACUCCUCCACCUGGGAUCAGGCUGUCUGAUGAGUAUAUCGACACUCAUGGUAGCUUGAGCAACCGUGUCUCAUUUGCCUCAGACAUUGAUGUUCCCUCCAGGGUAGAGCAGGGAAGUCCUGCACAUUACUCCUCCUACACACUCCCAUGCAGAAAGUCCAAGCCCCUCAGCGAGGAUGCAUCCAAGAAGGAUACAUUAAAAAACCGAAUGCGACGCAUCAGUGACUGGACGGGAAGUCUCUCGAGGAAGAAAAGGAAGCUGCAGGAGCCAAAGUGUAAAGAUGGGAACGAAUACUUUAACAGCAGAAUGGACAACUUCACCGCAGACACGCUGGCGCUGUCGCAGCUCUCUGCUUCACUGUGGUCACCCGGCUCCAGCCACGUCCUGUCCCAGAGAAGCGAGUCCACCAACGCGGUCAGCAGUGAUGCCCUGAGGCAGAACAUUUACGAAAACUUCAUGCGAGAGCUGGAGAUGAGCAGGACAAACCUGGAGAACACCGAGACCUCGUCGGAAACGGAGGACUCCAGUGGCGAGUCCCUCAGCUCCUUGGAGCAGCUGGAUUUGUUGUAUGAGAAAGAGCAAGGAGUGGUGCGCAAGGCAGGGUGGCUGUUCUUCAAACCCCUAGUGACCCUGCAGAAGGAGAAGAAGCUGGAGCUGGUCACACGGCGGAAGUGGAAGCAGUAUUGGGUCACACUGAAAGGUUGUACUCUGCUGUUUUACGAGACCUAUGGAAGGAACUCGAUGGAGCAGAGCAGUUUGCCUCGAUACGCCCUGUUUGCAGAAGACAGUAUAGUUCAGUCUGUUCCAGAACAUCCAAAGAAAGAAAAUGUGUUCUGUCUCAGCAAUUCUUUUGGAGAUGUCUACCUAUUUCAGGCAACAAGCCAGACGGAUCUGGAAAACUGGGUUACUGCCAUACAUUCAGCCUGUGCUUCCCUCUUUGCGAAGAAGCUUGGGAAAGAGGACACCGUUAGGCUGCUGAAAAAUCAAACCAAGAGUCUCUUCCAGAAGAUUGACAUGGAUGGCAAGAUGAAAAAGAUGGCAGAAUUGCAGCUCUCAGUUGUCAGCGAUCCAAAAAACAGGAAGGCCAUAGAGAAUCAGAUCCAGCAAUGGGAACAGAACCUGGAAAAAUUUAAUAUGGACCUUUUCCGAAUGCGAUGUUACCUAGCCAGUUUGCAAGGUGGGGAGCUCCCAAACCCAAAGGGCCUUUUGGCUGUUGCCAGUCGUCCUUCAAAACUGGCACUGGGGCGGCUCGGCAUUUUCUCUGUCUCAUCUUUCCAUGCACUGAUCUGCUCCAGGGAUGAAGCUGCUCUCAGGAAACGUACCCUAUCUCUGUCACAAAGGGUCCGAAAUAAGAAGGGUUUAUUUUCUUCACUAAAAGGACUGGACACAUUGGCGAGAAAAGGAAAAGAAAAGCGACCUUCCAUAACUCAGCAAGUCGAUGACUUUUUGAAUGUCUACUGCUCAGUGGCAGAGAGCAUCCAGAAGGAGAGUGCUUGGGAAACACAGACAUACGUUCACUUCUGUGACGGCCAAGGCGUGGCACUGACCCUCAAGCCAGAGCACAGGGUGGAAGAUGUUUUAUCUUUGGCGUGCAAGAUGAGACAACUGGAGCCAAGACACUAUGGCCUUCAACUGAGAAGACUCGUUGAUGAAAAUACUGAGUAUUGUACUCCUGAACCAUACGAAUACAUAGUAGACCAGGAAAGUGUGUAUGAUGAAAUAGAAAUUUGUCCAUUAAAUGUUUAUCACGUUCAUCUUACAAAGACUGAAAACAUAAGUGAUUUUGGCUUUGCCGUCACAGCACAAGUUGAUGAAAAUCAGCAUCUCACACAUAUAUUUGUAAGUGAUGUUCUCCCUGAUGGACUGGCAUACAAGGAAGGGCUCCGAGUAGGCAAUGAAAUCCUGAGCAUAAAUGGAGAGGCUGUGCCUGAUCUUGACCUCAAGCAGAUGGAGUUAGUGUUUUCGGAGAGAAGCUUGAUGCUCAGUCUGAGAAUGAACCAUUAUGGGACCCAGCAACCCUUUUGUGCAUCCUGGUCAGAUGGCGACAUUUCCAGGGACUCAAAAAGUUUGUUGCCCCCUCCAAACCAGUCACAGCUCCUGGAAGAGUUUCUAGAUAACUUCAAAAAGAACACAGCAAAUG